UUCACUAAGCUGAGAGACUUCCAGCUACUGGAGACUGCUCUCUUCUUCCUCAUGUCCUGGAGCACCUUCUUAAUGGCAGAGGCCUGUGGCUUCACAGGUAACCCUCAUCUUACUGUACCUCUACACACAGGUCAUGGUCCCACCCCACAGCUUAUUUUUCAUGACCCAGCUUAUUAUGGUUAAUCAUGAUGUGGGUAUGUGUCUGCAGGUGUUGUGGCGGUGCUGUUCUGUGGGAUCACUCAGGCUCAUUACACCUUCAACAACCUGUCCCCUGAGUCCCAGGAGAGGUCCAAACAGGUGAGGUCAACGUUUACCAUUGCAGUUAUUUACCGCAAGCUACUGUGGACAUCAAUGUCAUCUGCUAAAUGUUGACAUUCCAUCAGUGUCCCUGAAAUGUUGUUUUUGUGUUGUCCUGUAGUUGUUUGAGCUGCUAAGCUUCCUGGCGGAGAAUUUCAUCUUCUCCUACAUGGGUCUGGCCCUGUUCACCUUCCAGAACCACAUCUUCAACCCCACGUUCAUCGUCGGGGCUUUUGUAUCCUUACUCACACUAUAA